GCUAUUUGCAUGAAGUGUUUUCUAGCUGCAGUUUCAACUCGUCUGCAGAACGAGUCUCUCCGAGGGGAAAGCGAGGGAAGAGGCGCAGUGAAAAUAGGAGGAGGAGGGGGGGCUCUUGUCUUUCACAUCAGAGGAGCAGCAGGAAGAAGAAAAAAAACAAAAAAGCGAGUAUAAGGUGUCGGAUAGUAACAAAAAAAAAAAGCAGAGGGAAAAAACACAAGAGCCGCUACUCUUGUAUCGGAAAAUGGAGCUACCCGCCGCGGGAGAGCACGUCUUUGCGGUGGAGAGCAUCGAGAAGAAGCGCAGCAGAAAGGGGAGGUUUGAGUACUUGGUCAAGUGGCGAGGAUGGUCCCCAAAAUACAACACGUGGGAACCAGAGGAAAACAUCCUGGACCCAAGGCUGCUUGAUGCUUUCCAAGACAGGGAACGCCAAGAGCAGCUGAUGGGAUAUCGCAAGAGAGGACCCAAGCCCAAGCACCUCCUGGUUCAGGUUCCUUCUUUCGCCCGGAGAUCCAGUAUUCUGGCGGACCUUCAUGAGGCGUCCCUGGACCAGGACAGCUGUCAGAAGCCCAGCCCCAUCCAGAUGCUCCGCCCCCAGGGCCAGCAGUACCAGCUCAACAGCAAGAAGCACCACCCGUACCAGCCGCUGUGCAGGGAGCGCGAGGCCGAGCAGCAGGCCAACGGCAAGAAGUUCUACUAUCAGCUCAACAGCAAGAAGCACCACCACUACCAGCCGGACCUCAACGGCCACGAGCCCAUAUUCGCCAAACCCCGGGAGGUAAAAGCUCCGGAGCUGGCUAACAAGGGCUACAACCUUCCCCCGGUGCUGCAGCAAAAGUGGGUCCGGGACAAGGACUCAGGCUGCCUGACCAAAGUCAAGGAUAUCACCAUGGAGCUGAAGAAGCUUCCGGCAGACCUCAAUGGCCACAAAGAGCCGGAGACGGCCAGGCCUAAAGAGGACGCUUUAGCGCAGUCUAACGGUGUCAGCAACGGCAAGCUAAAGAUCGUGAAGAACAAAAACAAGAAUGGGCGGAUUGUUAUCGUCAUGAGCAAAUACAUGGAAAACGGAAUGAAAGCGGCCAAGGUUAAAAACGGCGAUUCUGAAACUGGCGAAAAGCCGGCGCAAGGAACGGACACCAGCGCGGAGAACCACCUCGAGAAGAUGAAGCUCGUCAAGAAGCUCGGCCUCAUGAAUGGAUUUUCCAAAAACCCCAAAGACAAACCGAGGGUUCCCAGUUCUGGAUUAAACGGACACUGCCCCAAAGAAAAGGAACAGUCCCCCAAAUCGGAGCCAACUGUGACGGAACAGGAUAAACACGUCGGGGUCGGGGGUCAGGGGCAGCUUUCAGCCGAUCGGCCUUUACAAUUGACAACCGAGCCUAAUCUGCUCGCCCUGCCUUCGGAGAGGGGAGUUACCUCCCCACUGGACAAAAGAGGAAGCCAAGGUGGAUUUCAAGGACUGAAGCGACACCUCUGUGACACAGACAGCGAGGAGCACGGGAGUAGUAAGAGGUUUGUGACUUCCAGGAGUAUCGGCGCUCCCAACGCGGUGUCUUCACCCACCCAAAGCGUCAGCAUGGACCAAAACGGACACCAGAGUCCCAUUGGACUGCAGGCCUGCGGGUAUGCAGACCAAGAGGAGCCGAUUGACUUGAGCAUUGUCAAGUCCAGGCCUAAAGCUACCCAGCCUGAAACACACCCACAGGCUCAGACUGUAACGCAAGCGAAACCACACACACAGGAUGAAACAGACACGCAAGCUCAAACACAAACAGACGCACAGACGGAAAGUCAGCCCCGGACUGAAACACAAAAAACUACAGAGGAGGAGAACGUCACCUCUUUGUCUGUUACCGACCAGGAAAAGAGAAAAGAGGAGACAUUUCCCUCUUUCCAGCCUUUCCUUGGGAAUAUAGUGAUCACAGACAUUACUACAAACUGCCUCACGGUCACGUUUAAGGAAUACAUAAAAGUGUAACUCAACUGGGUACCAACUUUAUAAAUGUACAUAAGAGAUAUUUGUAUUUUCAGAUGUUUGAAUGUACAACUGCCCCCCUUGAUGUUGUUUUCAUUUUUGUAUAGUUCAGAU